CGGGUGUGGUGAGAGACCGGACGGGUUGCGUGAGGAAGAGGUGAUUUGUCAGAAAAUAAAAGCCAUCUUGGAGGCUUGAAGGUCCUAAAGAAGUAGACGUUGAGUUUACAAAGAAAAGUGUCCUCUUAAGCAACAGAACCAGAACGAGAACUUGGUGGAAAAAAGGCAGUAACCACACCAGGGGACCUUCUGCUGGGUGGCCACCAUCUCUCAAUUACCCAGAUGAAAGACGUUACCUUCAGAUGAUAGAAAUUCCCAUAUUUGACAGUUUGUGACAGGAGCAUUCACAUCCCCGCUUGAAAGCGGAAGUCCGGAAAACAUUCACGGGCUGGAACCUUGACUUUCUCAUCCAUCUCAGCUCUAUCACAGAUCUGCUUUGCUGUUUUCUUUUGGCGGUGGGAAUCUCUCUGGUGGUCAUUAUAAUAGCAGUUUACUGCCAACACAAACAAGAGCAUCGUAUGUUAAGUUUUGUGGGAGGUUCACCAACUUUAUCAAAAAGUGCUGUAGGACCACUGGCCUCAUUCUGUACUUGAUCAUAUCAACAGCUUCAUUUCUCAGCCAAACCAACCAUAGAACCAUUGCUAGCCCCAUAGGAUCCAUUAUCACCAAGAGCCCAUUUGCUACAGCUUUCAGUAAUAUUUAUCUAUUGAGGAGAUCGUUGAGGCAUGGAGUCUGUGUCCAUCCCCGUGCUGAUUACUGGACUUGUUAAUUGUGUAGCCCAGUUAAUAAGAAUAGCUGAAGAGCUUUUACAGCUGAUUGCACAAGAACAAGUUCCUUGUGUAGAGCCAAAUUGUGUAGAGCAAAAUGAUAGAGCAGAAGAGAUAGAAGUGGAUGCAUCUCCUGAGGAAUCUUCGCUCCCAGACCUUGCUGAUUUCUCAGACUUAGACUCAAUACUUACACCAAGAGAAGAUGAAGACCUAAUCCUUGACAUAGAUCAAGCGAUGUUAGAUGUGGAAGACUUAUAUGAAGAUGUACUCUCCGGUGUUAAUGAGGACCUAAGAAGUGGUUAAGACCUAAUUGGCCCCCAGCAGCAUGUGAGAAGUGAUUGUUUUUCUGUUUUAAAUAGAUUCUGAUUUUUCUGAGUAUUAACAAUGUUUGUUUUCUCCUAGUUCUGUACAUUUUCAUUACUAAUAGCUUAUAGAACAAGUAAUACUAGAUUUACUUCCAGUAGAAGCUGGUCUCUUUUCUUCUUUAUAUUUCUUUUAAAAGCUCUGACUUUAGCCAUAUGGCUCUUUCUCUACCUGUUCUUGUUCUCCUGUUGGGGUUCCUAAUAACAGAAGCAAAUAAUACCAAAAAAAGAAACUCCUCACCUAACAAUGGAGUGAAGACCUCAUGGACUCUAUCAUGUGUUGGAACCCAUUGUCAUCAUUCUGCGAAUGGAAACCAAAAGGAGAAUAUCCCCCAAGAUGGUAUUGUAAUGAAUACAUCACACUGACAGGACAGCAUUGGGACACUUUUAUUUGAAAAGAUGUAACUCCUCACUAGGCCUUUAGGAGAGGAUGUGUCAACCAAAGAAUGCUAGAGCAGACUAGGGGAAGCAAUUCUGAAAAAGCACCAUCUAUCAGAUAAUAAAACUGUAGAAAGGUUUUCAGAUAACUUUUGCCAGGGAGAAACCUUUGAAAAAGCUGAGGCCAAGAGGUUCCGAUGCAGGAUUAUUCCCUCAAAUGAUGACCCACACUACAACUAGUCUUCAAUAUUGUUCCCCAAAUGGAAAGGACGAAUUACAUCAAAUAACAAUGAGAGUAGUAGUAGUACUACUAACAGGUCUAAACAGAGCCCCAUGAAGACUGUUCACCAAUGGAGUCAAACCCUUAUGGCAUUGGCUCAGAUGUGAUGGUCCACAAAUAGAAGUGGAUAAAGUGUAUCGUCUUGGGUAUAGCUAGAUUUAUAAAGAAUAGCUGAUAGGCUUAUUAUAGGGUACCUGUUGCCACCUGGACAUAGAAAUCUUAACUAUUGACAAAUGGGAGCAAUAAUGAAUUUGAAUAAAAUAUGGACUGGUAUUUAGCCCUAAUAAUUCUACAAAUACCAGAAGGCUAAAAUGCAAUAGUUGGAGGACCCCCCUCCCCAUAUCAAAAUAGAAAGAGACCCAAUAAAUGUGUGGGAAAUUCACUGCUCAUACUAAUUCCAUGCCAUAUAGUAAUCUUGCUUCCAUUUGGAAAAAUAGCUACCCUUCAGACAAGCCCAUGGACACUAUGGUCCUCCUUCCCAGAGAAUGGCAUUUGCAUCUUAACAACGUCGGCAACAACUAGGUAAAGGCAUAGUAGUAGUUAGGGCAAAUUGGUGCUUUCAAAUUGUGAAGAAAUGACAUGUGGAAGUUAAUCCAUGCUGGUGGAAACCAGAAUAUACCCAAUUCGUAUAGAGUUCUAAGGCAUGUUAUUAGCAAAUAGAUUAAAAAUACGUUGAAUACAGAUAGAUUCAUAACUAACCAACAUGACAGAUGCUGCAUCUAAUCCUAAGUGAGGUCUACAUACAGGGAUAAUUAGCUGCUUUUUAAAGGUAGACGUGGGGGAAAUUAGAGAUCUGAUGUGGAUAAGCAGUGGCAGGAGAAACAAAGUCAAUUUCACCACUGAAUUUCAGGGUGAGUAUAUGUAACAAAUUAAAGAAGGAGACUGCUGUAUCAAAAAAAAAAAAAAAAGCUACCACAGAUCCUUUUGAAAAUGAGAGGCACUUAGGUAGCUACUCAAACAUGUUGUUAUGAGAAAGUUCCACAAUAGACUGCUACGUGGGGUAGAUGAGGAUCCGGGACACUUAAAUGGGUGCACAAAAACACAAAGAGGAGAAAUAGAAGUUCUAUCAUCAAACAGCUACCGUGGGUAAUUACAAGCCAGACCAGACAGCAGAUUGAGGGACCUCACUGCUGUACUAAUUGGACAAAUUGAGCCUUACUUUCCUAGGGUAGGGGACUCUAGCUAUUGCAGUAUGUCCAACCAAGAAGAAUCACAGAGGAAUUGGAAAAAAGUUAAAAGAUAGAAUCUGUGCCUUAAUUAAAGUUUUGGAAACAGCUGGGAAGAUAUAUACUCUCCACUAGGAAUUUGGACUUUAGGAAAUUGGCUCUAAUUUUGUGCCAAAAUAAAACCCAAAGCAGGAGUACUUGGGCAAGAUCAGGAAACAUCCAAGGAGAGACCAUCAGUCUGCUACAAAUUCUAUUUAGCGAACAAUUUCACUGUAAAUGGACAUCUGGUGCUUUUCAAGUAUGAUUGAUACCGAACGGUAGCUAUUCCCCUAUGUAGAACUCUGGAAUAUAGAUGUUAUAACAGAUUAGUGUGAGCUCAUUAAAACUGUUAAUAUUAAUGAGAGAACACAAGCAAGCAUACUAACUAAAGCUGGCCAUUAAAAUACAUCAAGAGAAAUCUGUGGGACUACUCCAGACCUUGAAACAAGAUAAAGCUUGAACCAGCCCUAUAAAGCAACUAAUGCUCAACAUGGUCCUUAUGUGUCAAAGCUGGAAGAUGCUACAACCUCAUAAUAUGUGAAGCUGGCUAGCCUCCUGGCAGAUGAGUCAUGUGGAAAGAUUGUACUACAAUGGCACCUCAGGAUUAGAUAAAAUAUAUUAGAUGUUUGCUUUGAUUGUGUGAUUACAUGUGUUUAAGAACUGUUAAGAUGUAAACCCGCAAAAAAAAAAAAAAAAAAAAAGAUUAAACCCGCUCCAAACAAUGAGUUGUUAUAUUAAGUAUGAUUAGGUUGAUAGUGGUAAGAAGUAAGUAUAGGCAAUAAUAAAAUACUUAGGAAUAAGAGCUAGUAAGGAAGUAUUUUCAGGA